GAUCGUGCUGUUUGACUCACGAGUGCGGGCUGAGCUGUCUGGGCUCCGCGGGAUUCACGGACCAACUUUCGGACGCCUCAACUUCACCCCUGGCAAAAGUGUAAAGUUCAGCUCUAAAAUAGCAGUGAAGUUGGUCUGCGGGCUGGUCGGUGCUGGGCUCGCUCCCCCAGUUUUUUCUGUCCAGGUAUCUAAUCGGAUCCAGCAGUAACCAUGAAUAGUACAGAUGUGGAACAUUUGACAAAGUCUGCAGGUGGACAUGUGUCUGAGACCCCAGCUGUGUGGUCGUCUUUACUCCCAACCCCGGCUGACACCACUGUGAUUCCAGCAGCUCCCAGCACUCCAGACUCUGCAGUUAUUGCAGUGGUCAUCGUCCUCAUCCUCCUCACGGUCGCCGCCCUGAGCUUCCUGCUGUACCGGUACCUCUGCCACAACAAGGGCGACUACAGGACGACGGGGGAGCUGGCUCCGGGGGAAGACCCCGACGAGGAGAACAGCAGCCGCGAGGCCAACGAGAAGAAGGAAUACUUCAUAUGAAGCUGUCUGCUCACCCAUAAGGAAUCGUUUUGUUUUAUCCUUUGCUGUGGGUUUUUUUUUGUUUUUUGAAGGGAAGGCUGCUGCCGGUUGUGGACUUGGCAGAGAAUUAAAAAAAAAAAAGUUUGUUUUAAGGAAUCAUUCAUAAACUACAAGUGAAACCAAAGAUGUGAGCACGGCUGUGUGGGGUUGGGGGGGGGUGACUGACUGACGGGGAGCAGGUGAAGGACGACAGGUGUGUGCAGAGUAACAAGAGCGUGGCGACAAACAGCUGUUGGGCUUUUUAAAAAUAUCUCCAGUCGGUUAGAAGAUCUUUUUUUGUGCUCAGUAUUUGAAAAAUGUUACUUCAUUCAGAUUGCUGUAUUUUAUUUUUAAACCACACUCAAAUUUCACAGAGGAUGUGUUUGGGUGGGUUUUUUUUUUUGAGUUUUCUCAGAAUAUUUAUAUACAGUUCAUUUUAUAAGUUUAAAAACAAUGUAAUCCUCUUUGAAUUUAGACCAGCUAUUCAUCAUUUGCAUUUGGAGAUCUGUUAUUUUCUAUAAAUGUUUGCCACAAAUGGUUACUGAUAACGUCAAGUUUGGAAGGAAAAAGUUAGAUUUGACUGUUAAAUGUAAUGGCAACGUGUUUGUUUCUAAACAAGGAUUGCUGCUUCUGUGCUCUGGAUGUGACGAUGUAGGACACUGUUCAUAUACAUGAAGGAAGCUCAAUUAAACUGUAAAGUAAGUUGCCAAAUUUAUGUAAAAUGUAAAUGUUGGUGUUUUGUUUUUUUUAUGCAUAUCUUCAAUUUGCUAGACCACCUUUUUAUAAAAAUGUUGUCACGUGCCUGAGAACACCAACUACAUCAGCUAUAUAAAAGGUUUUCUCUCCUUCUUGGCGGGUGUUUCUGCAGCUGUCUGUUUUUUGGGAACUUUUCCCAUCAGAGAAAUCCGUGCAAAAGCUUAGGCCACCCUAAUAUUGUUCUAUCCAACUUUUACGGACAUUUAGAUUUCCUGACAAAUGUCUCAACACUGAGUGUAAUAGAUGAUCUGAAUAGAGGAUCUGUGGGUGCGGCUCGCAGAAAGUGCAGGUAGUCAAUCUUUUUUGUUUUUGCGUUCAAAAGAUCCAAAUGUUUUUUAAUCUAUGGAAUAAAACUGCAGAUUUAACUGGUUCAGACCAGAAUAAUCAGAACUAUUUAGGUUGAGAACAGCAAGAUAUGUGUAUAUUAAAAGUGUGUGGAUUCAA